AUGCAGCCAGAAAGCUCACAGUCAUCUUCAAUUAUAAAUGAUUUAGUUAAAUUUCAUUUUGCAAAAGAUUAUAAUACAAACGCCGUAAUAUAUGCAACAAUAAAUCCAUAUGAAAUAAGAAAUGAUUUUGAUUUGAAUUCAAAUCAAAUGAUAAAUUCAUUGAAAUCAUCAUUAAAUGGAAUUCAUGAAGCUUUACUUUGUAGAAAAUUAUGGAUCUUAAAAUUUUAUAGAAUUUCAAUAUUCAUAUCAAAUUCUAUUGAUUAUAAAAUUAUAACAUAUACGCCAUUUCCUAAAGUUCAUUUAAUUGAUAUAACCAAUUAUGAUGAUUCAACAAGUUUAUUAUAUAGGAAAACUACUUUAAAUGUUCAUAAGCGUGCUAUGAGAACAAUUGUAUAUGAUAGUGAACUUCAACUAAGUGGAUCCCAUUUAUUAGUUGUUAUCAAUUAUAUAAAUUAUAUCAAUGCGACAUUUAAAAUUAUAAAUACAGAAGUUGGAAGAAGUAACAUGAAUAUAAGCCAAGUUCUAAAAUUAGUGCAUGAUAAAAAAAUUGAUAUUUCUGGUCAUGGAACCGCUGUCAAUCGAAGAGAAUAUUAUGGAAAUUUCAAUCGUGUAACUAGUUCUUAUCCAUAUGAUUCAUCAUCAUUGUGUAUAAUGGUUCCAUUUAGUAAAGAAAUCGAACAAUAUUUAUACACAUAUUUACCUUUUGAUCCAUUUGUUUGGCUUACACUUGUUAAUCUUAUUUUUUAUAUGACAUUAAUUAAAAUAAUUAUUUUACAUUUAUCACCAACAGAUGAUUAUUCAAAAUUUAUUGGAUCUGCAUUUAGUACAAGUGUUUCUGAAGUUUUCUUUUUACCAACAUCACGUCCAAAAAAAUAUCAACUUAAUUUCAUUCAAAUGAUAAUAAUCAUUCUUCCUUAUAGUUUGGGUUUUAUUUUAUCAAAUGUUUAUAUGACAAAAUUAUCAAGCUAUUUAACCGUAUCAUUAUUUGAACCUCAAACAAAUACUAUCGAAGAUUUAUUAAAAUCUAAAAUCAAAGUACUAAUUAGCGAAACAAUUUUUGAAUUGACUGAUACCAAUACGAAAAAACGACAUCAAAGUAUAUUAAACACAUCAUAUGGAUACGUUAUUGACGAUGACAAAAUUGAAUUUUAUUUAAGUCAACAAAGAUAUUCGAAACGACCAAUAUUUCGCAAAAGUCAAAUUUGUCUUCAAAAAGGUUUAAUUGGUUUCUUUAUGCCAACUGAUUCUAUAUAUGAGGAGUCAUUCAAUCAUUAUAUUAUGAAAAUUAGCGAAACAGGAUUACAACAUAUAUGGAAAGAACAAUCCUUCAUUGACGCAUUCAAAUAUGGUGAAGGAAAAUUUUUAUAUAAAGAUAGUUCGUUAUUGCGUCAUGAUUUAUUAAGAUUACAAAACGUUUUAGGUGCAUUUAUACUUUGGGGUUCGGGAUGUUUUCUCUCAUUAUUAAUAUUUCUAAUCGAACGUUCUAUACCUUAUUUCAAGAACCAUUUUGCAAUACUCAACAUUUCUCAAAAGUAA